GUCAGGGAGAUGACACAAGAGAACUCCAUUCUGCUUCACUUGCAGAGUUUACAGCUGCCCUUUCCCGACACCUGGAAGUAUGGGAUUUUGGCAUUAGCCAUCCUCCUGGUUUUGGUGGCUCUAACCAUUUUAACCUGCCAAAUGCGCCAGUGCCAGAAACUGAGAAAAUUUGGGAGAAAGAAGAAAUACCUUAGUGAAGCCUGUAAGGACACAAAGGCGGAGAAUGGUAUCCUGGGGGAUAAACUGCGACCAGCUCUCCUUGACAUUGCUAAGCAGAGCCUUCCUGAUGUCAAGAUCCAGAAGCUCCAAGAGGAACUGGACAAGCUGGGUACCUGCCUUUCCCCCUCCUGCACCAGCAGCAAGAACCUGGAGAGUGUGGGCAGCAACGCAGACUUCCUGGAGAGCUCCCGGGGCAGGCUGAGAUUCUCCCUCUUCUACCACAGGGAGCGACUUGAGCUGCUCUUGACGGUCAUUGCAGUGACAGGCCUGCCUAGCCGAGGGAGCGCUGACUCUGCUGUUCGGGUCCGGCUGCUGAAGCAGGUCCCAUCUCACAUCUCUGGCCUCCAGUGCAUGGUCCAUGAGUGGCAAACACAGGCGGUGAAGAACUGCAGGAAACCUGCCUUUGGGGACCAGUUUGUCUGCUCCCUGCAGGAGGCCGAGCUGGAGAAGAGCACUGUGAAGUUGGAGGUUAAACAUUACAACAAGUAUUCCAGACACACCAUGCUGGGGGAAGUGAGGGUCACCCUCAGCAAACUAAAGGCCUCCCAACGUAUGGAGUUCUGCGAGGAGCUACAGAAGACUACAAAGGACCUUGUUGGAGAAGUCCUUGUGUCGCUGAAGUGUCUCCCCAUCUCUCAGAAGAUAGAAAUUGGGCUGCUCAAAGUCAAAACUGCCUCCGUGUGCAGCAGUCCAGAGAAGAGUGUGUAUGCGAGAAUAGACAUCUCCUGCAAUCUCCACAAACAGAAGCAUCAGAAAUCCAGCCCCAGGGCCCAAACCUCAGUCAUCAUCUUCAACGAGACUUUCCUCUUCCAUCUUGCUGAGCCUGUUGCUGGGGCCUGCACAGUCCUGGUCUCCGUUUAUGAAAUGAGCUCCAGGGCCAGAGGCAGCAGCAGGCAGCUCAUUGGACAGGCAGUCCUGGGGAAGAGGAGCCCCAGCGAAGCCAAUGACCACUGGGCCCUCAUGAUGCAGUCUGUCCAGCAGCCUGUGGCUAAGUGGCAUCCUCUGCUACUUUAG